AUGGGAGUAUUUCACGAAGCUCUUUCAUCUGACUCAGAACAGUUUGAAAUGUAUAAAGAGAAUUAUUUACUCUACAACAUGGGAAGAACAUCUGAAGAUUCUAAGAAGAGUUUUCAAGAAGCUACGAGAAGCAGGACUAACAGUCAACCUAGAGAAGAUGUUAUCAACAACUUUGAAGAUGUUUUAUGGGCCUUAGAUGAUGUCCAAGAUGUCCAACAUAAAACUAAUCAAGAAAAUUGGUCAGGGAGCCUUCGGAACAGUCUACUUGGAGACAGGAGAGGGAGGAAAUGUGCCGUGAAGGUGGUGAAGUUCGGGGGAGUUCCCCAGAAAAUCGUUGAUGACGCAAUCAAGGAGGGGAAAUUGCUCGAACAUCUGCAGCAUCCAAACAUCGUCACUUGUUUAUAUCUGCACUCGAAGGACGUCAUCCACAGGGACAUCAAACCCCUGAAUAUCCUGAAACACGAAGAGGGAACCAUCAAACUUGGGGAUUUCGGACUCGCCAAGAUAAUUCGGUCCAAGAAAGAUAUCCAGGCUUCUGUUGUAGGAACCGUCAUUUAUGCAAGUCCAGAACUUCAUCUAAGGUCUGUGUGUGAUGCUGGAGGGGAUAUGUGGUCGCUGGGGUGCACUCUCUACGAAAUGUGCAAGUUAGAACCAGCCUUUAGGAAUGCCUCCGAGAUGCUGAGAUUCAUACAGAAGCGUGGAACUUUAAGACCGCUGCCCAGUUCAUACUCGGGCAAGAUAAAUUACCUCAUCAACGCUCUCCUCCAAGCCUACCCAAACGAUCGUCCUACUGCCGCAAGAGUCAAGAAAAUCCUCGAGAAUCCUUCAGCGGGAUCUUGCCACCCGAGAAUGGUUCCCCCUGAAGCAAAGAGACAGGUUCUGGAGUCCCCCUGUGGCAAAAGGCGCGUCGGCAAUGUUCUCAAUGAAGGUCAAAUCCUUCGAAGAAGUUCUGGUCACACACUGUCGCCUCAGGAAGUCGGAAAGCGGCUGAUGGUGAUCAUGGGGUCUCCGUUGCCACCUGGUCAGACUAUUGAUAUUCAAUGGUACGGAAAUUGACGGCUCAGGCCGAUGCAAGGUGUCUGAAAAUGUGGAAUUGUUUAUUUUAACUGAUGUGACGUUCUAAUUUAAUUUGAAGGCGUGCUUUUAGUGAAAUAUUAUUAGAACAUAAUUUAUGCGAUACUUUUAAGUUUUGAACUGAAACCAUAUCACUCCCGUAUUAACAAUAGAGCUUGUAUUCAAGUUGAUUGAUGUAGGCUUGAUUAUGUAAAACAAAAACUGCCAGUUUCAGGUGUAACUGUUGUCUAUGAGGGGAACUGGAGUAAAUGUUUCAUUACAUUCUUUUUAUUAAUACUUUUA